UGUUGCAUCAUAUCAGUUCGGUUUUGUAUAACGGCAGAGGUGAGUUCUUGUCACUCUGUGCUCAGACUUCGUCUUGGAUACUUGUCGUUUGUUCCGGUGAUAGCCUACUUUGACUUGUAACCAUGAUCGCGGUGGAGAAACUGCCUUACACGACAACCAUCGAUUUACAUCGAUCUAUUAUGGGAGGAGAGGAUACAGACUACGGGGUGGCUUGCCAGGCCCUAGCCAGGAGGUUAGGGGAAGAGCUGAGGGCGGCAAAGUCUGCACAGCUGUCCUGCGGGGAGGUCCUGCUGCCUGUAAAUCUCCUGCCGAAGGUGGCCAAUGACAUCCUGACGCAUUCUGGACAGGAACCAUGUGGUCUUAGGGGGUGCACUCUGGACAUUAACCUGGAAGUGGAUGGCUCUCUGAUCAGAAUAGCUCACAUCAAGUGGGAUACGACCACCAGUUCCACCUUCCAGCUGAACUUGACCUUCCAGCAAGACACCCAGCGCAAGUGGACCUCCAGGAUAUCCCACUUCCUCAAGACCCUCACGACCAAGGGGCGCACGAUCGUCAUCAGCGAUCAGUUCAGCCUCAAGAAGACCCGACUGUACCGGUUCCUCAACUGCUGACACCUCCUCGACCCACCUCAAUCCCCUCAAGACUGAUCGGAUGGAUAGGGUAGAGCGACAGCCUCGGCAAUACUAAAAUAUUUAUUUAUUGUUAUUUUGUGUAAGAUUCCAAAGUGAUUUAUUUGGCCUCUGGCCCCUUGUGAUUGACUUGUCUUAGUCUAGUGUAUGUCUUUCUCGUGACUGUUAUUGAUUCUCAUUUUUAUUUAUGAUUAUGAUCGUAUUUUUAUUGUUAAGUGAAAUACUUUAUUUUAUUUUAAUGUGUAUCUAUUUAAAAUUGUGUUUUAUUUAACUUAUGUAUUGGAUGUAGAACUCUAUAUCUAUAUACUUAAUAUUUAUUUUACUCUAGUUGUUCUUAAAAGAACCCUAAUACUUUCACCCAUUGAUUGAUGUUCCUUUAGGCAGUACUUUGUUAGGUCUAUGGUAGGGUGGUACAGUUUUAAUUACCUAGUUAUGAUCUUGAUCUCACAGUAAUAUUAAGUUCAGUGACAUCAGUAUUUACCUUAGAUACCCAUCCUGUAAUGCACAAAAGCAGUAUACAUGUUUUUGUACUUUUUUAUUCACUUGUGAAAGUCUUCAUUAUCAUCAGAAUAAUCAUCAUUGUGGUUGUUAGUACAUUGAAAUAAAUCAUUUAAUCAUC